UCGAACCCUAAGUUUUUCUUUUGUUUGGUCUCUCUCUGUUUUGGGGAAAGAAAAUUUUUUGCCGAUUGCUGGUUUCAGUUCCCGAUCCUUUGUUCCGCUGGCAGGAUUUGGAUGCGUCAUUUUGAAACUAGUGGAGGGAUCUUAAGGGGUUAUUUGAAUCUGAGGAUCGGAAUGAUUGAAGAGGAACUGAAAGGGUAUGUAGUGUGGCUUCUGGUUGUUGGGCUCCUCUAUCUCCGUAGCACGUCAUCAGAAAUGGGUUAGGACAGCUUUUUUGUGUUGUUUCUGAAUUUUGGAUAUCUCGAUGAAUUCAGCAGAGAUGGGUACAUUACCCAGUACCAGUGAAAUAGUUGAAUCCAAAGAAGAAGUAUGUUUUGAGUCAACAAUGGAUGAGAAAGCUGGAGACCAGUUGAUAACGAAAACAGAGAAAAAGUAUUCUAUUGAGGAUGAUAUAAAUCGUCUCUUUCAGGCAAUUGACAUUAGAAGUUCAGCUAGAAAUUCAGGUUUGUCACAUGAACUCGGUAAAGAUCCAUUGCGAAAAAGUGCUAUGAAAAGGCCUAUGAGAGUUGGCAUGUCGCAGGCAUCAGGAAUUGGAAUUUCAGAACCUGUUAGUUUGAAGCAAGCACUGAGAGGAUUAUGCAUCUCUCAGGCAUCAGAGAUGGCUGCCAUGAAGCGACUAGCAAAGCCGUCUGGUCCCUCAGGGAUCUCGGAAGCAGGAAAUAUUAAAAGGUUGUAUAGGGCAGUGGUGGUUGAGGCCAAUGGAUCUGGCCUUCCAAUAAAUGAAGGUAAAGGGAAUUUUGUUGAGAUCUCCCUUGUUCCGGACACACCAAAAUUUUCUGACAAGAUGUCUGAAGCCGUGCCACUUCCUGGGGAAGAGUUAUUGAACUCUACCUCUGAAGCUUCUACUUCUUUGGCUGGUGAAAUGAUGCCAGACUCAGGGAUAACGCCACAGACUGAGAUUUUUCCCUUGCCAACUGAAGUCAAGGGUGGGACUAAUGGCAUUAGGAAACAGGAAUCUGCUGAUUCUUCAUCAAGCCCUCAUGCUAGCAAGAAAAUUCCUCAGGUGGACGAUGGUACUUUGACCUCAACUGAGGUUCCAAUUAGUUCUCCAAGUUCAGACAAGAGGCAGAAAGAUAAGUUGCAUUUUGCUGCUUCUCUAUCUAACUCCAGCACUGCUAGUAAGAUAAGCAAAUCGUUUAGCAGUAGUCCUCGAUUUAUAUUCCGGAGCAAGAACUCUUUUAAGAAUAAAGCAAAGCAGGAUUUAAUUGCCUCUCAUAGUUCUAAUUCACAUGACAGGAAAGCUGAUAAUGAUUUAAAAUCUAACACGACUAAUUUGGAGAACCAGACACAGAGCUUUACUCCAAACCAUGAAAGGGAAGAAAGUGAGAAAGCUUCUCCAAUGUCCAGCAGUACAAAUGUUAGCUUUGAAGUAAGUUCAGGUGUUGGGGAUAUGAGUUCAAGUAAACCGAAUUUCAGUUCGAAUUGCAAUAGCACAACUAUAUCUCUUGUGAGAAAGGGUGAUGAGAGAUCAAUAUCAAGAGAAAAGGGGGAAUUCUCACAAAGCUCAAAGAGUAGUAUUGGUGAGUACAGUAGCUGCACAAGCACUAGCGAGGAAAGCAGUCUCAGUGGAUCAAGUCGUAGUGGCAAGAGGCCUCACAUGUCAAAAGAUUUGAGAUGGGAAGCCAUCCAUCAUAUUCAGAAGCAACAUGGAAGCUUGGGUCUCAGGCACUUUAAGCUGCUCAGGAGGCUGGGUUGUGGGGACAUUGGAACUGUUUAUCUUGCUGAGCUUACUGGAACAAAUUGCCUUUUCGCUUUGAAAGUGAUGGACAAUGAGUUUUUGGCGACUAGGAAAAAAAUGCUGCGGGCCCAAACUGAAAGAGAAAUACUACAAAUGCUGGAUCAUCCUUUUCUCCCUACGCUAUUUGCACAUUUUGUGUCAGACAAGCUUUCGUGCUUAGUUAUGGAGUAUUGCCCAGGUGGAGAUCUGCAUGUAUUGCGGCAAAAGCAACCUACCAGGAGCUUUGCUGAACAAGCCACUAGGUUCUAUGUUGCUGAGGUCCUCCUUGCCCUAGAGUAUUUACACAUGCUAGGAGUUGUUUACCGAGAUUUGAAACCUGAAAAUAUUCUGGUACGAGAAGAUGGGCACAUCAUGCUCUCAGAUUUUGAUUUGUCACUUAGAUGUGCCGUCAAUCCAAUGGUUCUUAAAUCAUCAUCACCUGUUGCGGAACCUGCAAAAAAGAUGUCAAGCCCAUGCACUGAAUCUAGUUGCAUUGAUCCUUUCUGCCUCCAGCCGUCCUGGCAGGUUUCCUGCUUCACUCCUAGACUUUUAUCUGCUGCAGCAAAAUCUCGGAAAAUAAAAUCUGAGCUUGCUGCCCAAGUUAGCCCACUGCCACAGCUGGUAGUAGAACCAACUAGUGCUCGAUCUAACUCCUUUGUCGGAACGCAUGAAUACCUCGCUCCGGAGAUCAUCAAAGGUGAGGGUCAUGGGAACGCUGUUGAUUGGUGGACUUUUGGAAUAUUUCUGUUUGAGCUAUUAUAUGGCAGGACACCUUUCAAGGGUUCUGGAAACGAGGAUACUUUAGCCAACGUUGUGUCAAAGAGUCUCAAGUUCCCAAAUAGCCCUAUGGUUAGUUUCCACGCGAGGGAUUUGAUAAGAGGCCUCUUGGUGAAGGAUCCUGAAAGUCGACUAGGAUCGGUGAAGGGGGCUGCAGAGAUAAAGCAGCACCCUUUCUUCGAAGGCCUCAAUUGGGCGUUGAUACGGUGUACAAUACCACCGGAGUUGCCCAAGUUUUGCGAUGGGGGAAGUUCUGCACCACCUGCUUCUCAGAAACAAGAGAGCACCAAGUGUAAGGAGUUAGAAGGUACAUCAGAGCACACGGAGUUUGAGGUGUUUUAGCUAAAUCCUCUCAACUGUGGAAAAGAAGCCUGGUGGCUUUUCUUUUCCAAAAUUUCUCAUCCAUGUCUUUUACUCUUUUCUUUUUAACUGAAAAUAUAGCUUAUAGUGUAAAUGUAACUUUAAGUGUUGGUGGGUAGUCAUAGAAUUUAAUAUAUAUGUUAUAUAUAUAUAUAUAUAUGAUUACUGAAUGAGUAGCUGAGAGGCCAGAUGAAAAUUGAUAUAGCAUUUUUCUUUCUUGUCUGAGAAUUACAGCUGAAAUAUUGGUUGUCCGUGUUAAUGGCUGAAAUCAUUUGCUCUGUGCUUUCGGCCCCAAA